AGGGAGUCGGGGCUGGGAUUUCACUGGGAAAGCCCAGCUGUGGCAGCUGCGGCGGAUCCCUCCCGCACUGCUUGCGGCGAGCCCGCCCAGCCCUGGGCUGGCGAGCAGCUCCGCAAAGUCGCGGAGCGAAAGGAGGUGGAGUGCCCACAAAGUGGCCGGGGCUCCGUGCUGGGGCUGGAUAGGGCGAGGCGUGUGCCCUGGGAACCCGGAUCCCGGAGCCCUGGCGCCUUGUGUGGAGUGGUCAGUGCACUGGGAGGCGAGCUGACGCUCUGGACAGAGAAGUCAAAUUGCAGCCUUCCCAAAGACGCCUGCUAAGUUACGCAGGCCAGCCAGUUCCCGGAGAGCAUUCGCGAGCGCGCAGAAAGCCGAGCCGCAGAGCUCUCCCGGGCUAGCCGGCUGGGAGGAGGGCAGCGGCCCCUGUGCAACGGGGUCCGGUCCGGAGUGUGCCCCGGUGCAGAGAGGAGGCGUGCAAGGCUCCACCGGGCCUCCUGCAGCCUGCGCCCGCCCGUCUUGGGCGUCCCCUCUGUCCCUCUCCGGGAGCGAUGCCCCCCGCCCCUUGUGCCCCACGGGAACGCCUGGAGCAUGGAGAAGUCGAGUAGCGAGGAUUCUUCGAUCCACCGGAGUCCAUCUUUGGACAGCAAGGACUCGGACUUUGCCAAGCCGUCCACCUCGGGCCGUCCAUUCGGCCGCGGCUUCACUGCCGGCGCCUUCUAUGGCACCGCGGGCUCCGGGGGCCAGAGCCGCGCGGAGACCGGAGUCAAGACUGACAAGUACAAUGCCCCGAAAGGCAGCAAGUACGUGGUGUUUUACCUGGACCUGUCCUUUGUUUUCCUCCUAGAAUUUAAGAAGUGCAACAUGGCCAGGGGCUGCCUCUGCUGUUUGAAAUACAUGAUGUUCCUCUUCAAUUUGAUAUUCUGGCUCUGUGGCUGUGGGCUGCUUGGAGUGGGCAUUUGGCUCUCCGUGUCCCAAGGCAACUUUGCCACCUUCUCCCCCAGCUUCCCUUCGCUGUCUGCAGCCAACCUAGUCAUCGCCAUAGGCACCGUUGUCAUGGUGACGGGCUUCCUGGGCUGCCUGGGGGCCAUCAAGGAAAACAAGUGCCUCCUCCUCAGUUUUUUCAUCGUCCUGUUGGUCAUCCUCCUAGCAGAGCUGAUCUUACUUAUCCUCUUCUUUGUCUACAUGGACAAGGUCAAUGAGAACGCCAAGAAGGACCUGAAGGAAGGCCUGCUGCUGUACAACACAGAGAACAACGUGGGUCUGAAGAAUGCCUGGAACAUCAUCCAGGCCGAGAUGCGCUGCUGCGGCGUCACCGACUACACAGACUGGUACCCGGUGCUGGGUGAGAACACGGUCCCCGACCGCUGCUGCAUGGAGAAUUCCCAGGGUUGUGGGCGCAACAGCACCACCCCGCUGUGGAGAACGGGCUGCUAUGAGAAGGUGAAGAUGUGGUUUGAUGACAACAAGCACGUUCUCGGCACGGUGGGGAUGUGCAUCCUAAUCAUGCAGAUUCUGGGCAUGGCCUUCUCCAUGACCCUGUUCCAGCACAUCCACCGGACCGGGAAGAAGUACGACGCCUGAGCGCCAGCGGAGCCCAGCCCCCACGCGGACACUGUGCCAGGGAAGGAGAUUUGAGCUUUGUGUUGCCUGCCCGCACUCCAGGCUGCUGCCCCCACCCAUGCCCCCCAGCGCCCUCCACACCCCCCGCCUCAGCCUUCUCGGGGCGGAGAGCUGGGGGGGAGGAGGCACGGAGACCUUGGGGUACCAGGGGUGCUGGAUUCCUGCAUCUGUGCAUUUGCCAAAGAAGACAGGGUGGGCCGGGGGUGCGCUCGAGGAGGCCACGCUGACGGUGGCCACCCCGCCCUUCCUCACACCACACUGUGCGCGUGGGGGGCCUUGGCGGAGAGACUGCCCAGCAGAGGCCUCCCUUCGGAGAGCGGGGCCGCAGCCUCCGGCCAGGGACCCAGGGAGCACCUUGCCCAGGCUUUUUAUACCUUACAGUGUAACUUUUUUAUUUUAUUUUACUCUGAUUAUGAUUAUUCAGGAAUAUUAUCUCAGAUAAGUGUAGGGUUAGCUUUCUGAUUUAUAACUUUUUACUGUGUUGAUUUCUGUAACGGUUUGAUUUUUUUCUGAGGGUGGGGGAGGGUGGGAGAGAGGACGUCCGCAGGGUUUCAGUCAGGACAAACCACUGUGCACGGCCAGGAGGCGCUGGGGGAGGUGGGCCAGCUCGCGUUCACUGCUCUGAGAGGAGGCGGCCGGGGCCCAGGAGCCUGGAAGAGGAGGUGAGGCAGAGGCACGUGCGGCGGCGUGAGGAGCGUCCUGCUCGGGAGCCACGUGUCUGCGCGCGCUGGUGCAGGAGGCCCGGGCAGCGGGUCCCUGGGGGCUGCAGGGUGCUUUCCCAGGAGCACAGCUGGAGCCGUUGUGGGUCUUCCACGUCAUGGAUGAGCAGUUGUUUUUCCUUCCCUUCUUCCUCCUUCUGCCCUCUGCUGGCACGGGAGGCCCUCCUCCCCUCACCCCCCACGGGCCUUCCCAUGACAUCUGCCAACCCCAGUGAUUUCACAGACAUUCCUGUAGAAACUCCCAGACACAUACCUCUCGUUCAGCUGCUGCUCACUUUCUCACACUGCUUCUGGAAGGGGAAGCAGUCCUGAGGUUUUGCUGCUCAGACAGUGGCAGAGGGCCCCGGCGUCAGGAGGGCAGGUGGAAGUGGUGCCCGUGACCAUUCCAGCUGACUGCUGGUUCCCACUGGGAGGAAGGGGGAGGUGUCCGUCCAGGUCCCAGGAUUCAUCUCCUUCCUUAGGGCUCCUGGAUGGUGGGGUGCAAUCACUGGGUGGCAGUCACGUCCCCAGUGACCCCAAGGAAAAGUACAGAAAACUGAGAGAUGUCAGAUUGGAUCCUGUGGCCCCAGGAGGAAGUGGCCCCAGGAGGAAGCCGCCUGAGAGAUGAGAGGUGGGCGGGACAUUCGGUGCCCACCAGAACUUGUGGUGGUCUAAGCGAGCAUUUUGCAGUUAAAGAAGAAAGUCAAGAAUCCAUGGGAUGGAGCUUGAAAAGGCUCCUUACUAGCUAGGUGGGACCUGCCUUUUCCUACAUCACUUGGCUCCAGGCCGAGUUUCCCACCAGGCCCACAUCUCCCAGCCUCCACCUGUUUGUUCCAAGAGCUGGUACUCAGCUGCCCAGCCAGCAACUCCUUCCUGACCUUCAGUGCAGUGCAGUCAGGACCAGGAGGACAGAGCUUUGGGUGAGGUUAGGACUCACGUCUCUGGAGGGUGGGGAGUGAGUUGGGCAGUAGAGCCACCUCUGAGAGCUGGUGCAGAUGGGAGAGCUGGGAGGUGGGGGCUGGGGUGGAGGACAUGUAAGCACAAUUUUGAGCAAAACUUCCCCUGGGUCCUCUGGCCGCCUCCGGGAACCCAGUCUGCAGAGCUCCUAGCCGCCUGCCACCCAGCCAUUGUGGAGACAGCAAACAAGCAUUCAAGUCGCACAGUGGGACGUGGUGCAUAAUGAGUUUAUGAUGGGGUUGGGGUUGUUUAUGCCUAUCAAUGCAAUUUUUAAUUUUUGUUAAAAUCAAUAGCAAAAGCCUAGCACCUUGGGGUGUGUGGCCUCCCUGGCAAUCUUAUGUUUCUGGAGCUUCAGACCCUUCCUCCUUUGAGCCUCACGCUAUCAUCUGUCCUCAGAGCCUUGUCACAGUUCCGAAAUCCCUCCUGGCCUCAGCCUGUGCUGGUGGCUCCGUCACUGGCCGAGCCUACACUGGGUAGAAGAUGCUGUGCAUGGGCUGGAGCGCUCUUCCAAGCCCGUGUCUGGCCCACACUGUGUUGGAGGCUGAAGCCGUGGCUUCCCUCACCAGAGUCAGUUUAGUCAGGUCUGAUGCAGGCAGUUUACAGACAGCUCAGAAGAUCAGGGUCCUGCAGGCGGCAUCAGGGGAAAGCCUUCCCUGGCCCUUCUUUGCAGACACCUGGGGAGGUGAGUGAGCAGGGCCUGAGCCCUGCUCUGGGGGAGGCAGCAGGUGCACAGUCCCCACCUGCACCCACUCCCCCUGCUGGCCUGGGCCUGCAUCCUGGACUCACUCAGGAAGGCUGCUGAGCCCACCCAGAUGCUCAUGCAAACGUUCUGGUCUGACUUGGAACCAGGUGGCCAUCCCUCCUUGUUUUAGUGGCCAAAGAGCAGCCAAAUGGAUGGAAACGCCUGUUGGCUCUCGGGCCCCCUGCCCACCACUGGUGGAGGUGCUAACUAGCAGGGACCUGGCGUAGGAUGGGAGCGGAGCCAGAUGCGUGCAGUCUGCUCUUGGUCCUUCAGCCUUUCAGAGUCCGGGGCUCAUUUCCCCUUCUCCCAUUUCCCUCCUCUCCCCGCAGUGAAGCAGUAGUCCAGGGUGGGGCCCAGCCUUCCUGCCCUGACCGGGCACUCCAGGGGCCAGGCCUUGGGCCCGUGCCCACACCCUGCCCACGGGAGAGCAGGGGAGCGCGCCUGUUGGUUUCAAAUGCACUUUUCUGCUUGUGAUGCCAUAUCUGCGUUUCCUUCAUCCUGGUCCUGGCUUUAUUGAACACCAUGUUUUUAGCAUGUUUUUAAAUAAAACCUGAUAAUGUGUCAAAAGCA